AUGGGGAGCCUGGGAUUCUUCCUUCCUUCCUUGGUUUUCGUGCUGUUGAACACUCCGCAGGCAGGGGCCUACGGCUUCCGGAACUGCAUCCAGACCAUGGGAGACCCAGGGAAUUUCAAGUGCAUGCAGCGCUUCCUGAAGUCUAUCUCCAGUGCUGUGGAUGACCUCCCCAGCAACACUACGGUGGUCAAUGUGUCCCACAACUCCAUUCAGUCCUUGCCUUAUGGGAGCUUCCGCCACCUCCCACAGCUGCGAAUCCUGCAGCUGAGCUACAACAGAAUGACGAGUAUAGAAGGUGGAGCCUUUGAAAACCUCACUGCCUUGGAGACGCUCAAUCUCUCCUCCAACCACCUUGUCAAUGUCUCCAAAGAUGCCUUCUGUGGGUUGGCCAGCCUCACCGACCUCCUCUUGCACAACAACCAACUGAAAACGAUUCAUCCAGAUACAUUCAGUCCGUUACAGAACCUUUGGAAACUGCAGCUCCAGUUUAACCUUUUGGAGAGCUUUGACAAAGUGCUUCAGGGCAUCCAGAAUCUGACGAGGCUGGGACAUCUAAACCUGUGCAACAACAACCUUCCCUCCCUGAAGUCAGAUGGGUGGCUUCCUGAGUCCCUCUCUACCCUCCUGCUAUGUAAUAAUUCCCUAAAAUGGAUGGAUGUGAAAGGGCAUGGAUUCCUGAGAAAUGUGAAAACACUGGACCUUUCCUACAACAAGAUCUCCUACGCCUCUUCCUUUGCUAUGGUCAGCCUCCGGAAUCUUAGCACUCUGAAGCUGAUGGAAAAUGGAAUUGAUGUUUUCCAGCUCUUGAGUGUUUCUGAUCUACCGCCUACUAGCUUGGACUACUCUGGACUGCGCUUACAUAACUUUUUACAAUUGAAAAGGGUGUGUCAGCACCUUAGGAAAUCUAACCUUUCCCUGAAUCUACGUAUGCAGAGCAACAGCCUGAGGAACCUGAGCCGCAAUGCCUUCUCUGCGUGUCCACCUAUCCGGCUGCUAGAUCUCUCAAGGAACCGCCUCAAGACAGUGGGGUGUGUAGGGGAACUGUUCAGUGGAACAGUACCUAACCAGCUGCAAACCUUGACUGUUGAGCACAACCUGUUAAACAGCCUAAGGCCCUGCCAAGGCAAGACUGUCUUGCAAGAGCUAAGGAAUAUCUCCUUCCGUUUCAAUCGCAUCCUCUCGAUCAGUUUUCAUGCUUUCAACUAUGCACCUAAUCUGGACAGACUCCAUCUCAAUAUCAAUUCCAUUGCCUACCUGGACAAAAAUGCCCUGAAGGGUCUGAACAAACUCCGAGAGCUGCGCUUGGACAACAACCUUCUAACCGAUCUCUACUACCUCAGCUUUGAUAACUUGAUCAAUCUCCAGACACUCAAUCUCCGGAACAAUCACAUUUCUGUCCUCUUCCCCAAAAUCUUUCACAGCCUUGGAAAGCUCCAUAUCUUGGACCUGGGGGGGAACAACAUCCGCAGAUUGACCAACAAGUCAUUUGAAGGACUGAAGAAUCUCUCCAACCUCUAUCUGGAUGGCAAUCGUAUUGAGCACAUUAACUCGAAUUAUUUUAUUCCUGUGCAGAACACUCUGAAGGUGCUUGACUUGAAGAGCAAUAAGAUAACCUACAUCAGCAUGAAGCAACAUGACAAUCCUCCCUUCUCAUUUCUGAGCCAGGUCUACGAUCUUAAGCUUCAAGGUCAGCAACCAUAUGGUUUGAAAAUCAUUCCGCCAAAGUUCUUCCAGGGCCUUACGUCCUUGCGCAGCCUCCAGCUGUCAGAGAACAAAAUCCUCUCCAUUUCGCCAGACGCCUUUGAUGACCUCGGAGAGCUGAAAUAUCUAACCUUAGCUGACAGCAGUAAUGGCAUGGGGAAUCUUCCUCCUGGGAUAUUCAAAAAUCUUAGAAAACUGACUAGUCUCAACCUGGAGAAUGCUGGCCUCCGCACAUUAACACUGGAGGUCUUUGGCAACCUCAGCAGACUCCACUUUCUUCAGCUAGGAAAAAAUGAACUGCAAACAAUCAACAGCAGUGUGAUGAAAAACCUGACCUCACUGAGAUACCUUGACCUCCGCAAAUGCCCACUGGCUUGCACCUGCGAUAACAUUUGGUUUCAGAAAUGGCUGAACAACGACCAAGUGCAGGUGGUUUACCUAUACAAUUACACCUGCAAUUCCGGGCAGCAUUCCAGUUACGUUUAUAGUUUUGACACCCGUGUCUGCUUCCAAGAUGUGGGGAAGUACCUGUUUGCCAUCACCUUCCCUGUGCUGUUGCUCCAGGUGCUGCUGCCUUUACUCUACCAGCAUACCUACUGGCACCUAAAAUACCACUUAUACAUCUUGAGAGCUUGGGUCAACAACCAUUGGAGGCGGGAGGAGGGUAAGCAUUACAAAUUUGAUGCCUUUGUCUCUUACAACUCCACUGAUGAGAACUGGGUGCUAGAGCAGUUAGUUCCCAGUCUGGAGGGUGGAGAGGCUCCUGUCUUCCGACUAUGUCUUCACCACCGAGACUUUCAUCCAGGAAAGUACAUCAUAGACAAUAUAGUGGACAGCAUCCACAAUAGCCGGCAUACCAUCUGCAUCAUCAGCCGCAACUACCUACAAAGUGAGUGGUGCUCUAUGGAGAUCCAGUUGGCCAGCUACAGGCUCUUUGAUGAACUGAAGGAUGUCCUCAUCCCUGUUUUCCUGGAAGACAUUCCCAAGCGAGAACUUUCUAUCUACCACCGGAUGCGGAAGGUGAUGUUGAAAAAGACAUACAUCAGUUGGCCCUCGGACCCUGAGGCUCAGAAGCUGUUCUGGGCUAAACUGAGACUGGCUCUGAAGGGUGGGCACUCAGACGAAGAGGAAGAGACACACUGGUUUGAUAAAGAAGGGAAGCCACUCUUGGAAUCCUCUUCCAAGAUGGAAUAG